UUCCGACUCUCUGGACUCUCAAACAGCCAAUAGUGAUCGUAGUUGCACCAACUAACAAAGACUCUACCAUGGACGUUUAAAGAAGUAGGUACUUUUCAAGGAUCAACUUCCAUCAAAGCAGUGUAUUAAGAUAAUUACUAAGGAUCCACUUCGGGCGGAACGAGCGAAUGCUGCUACAAAAAUAUAACAUUUUGGCAAAGUUGGUGAAGACCACAACAAGAUACACCGAGUUGUGAAUGGCAGAAACUUGAAGCAUCUGAUAUCUUAUUCCCUCGUGUGGACCUGAAUUACCGUGAGACCAUCAUCACAUGUGUCACAGGCAACCAUGACUACAGCGAGAGACGUCCGCCAUAGCAACAGGCUACAAAGUACUGCAGUCAUCGGAUAAUAACAGGCAUGGCGUGAUAUGCUCCCCGUCACAAAACUAAAAGUACAUACUUUGUUUAAAGCUCCGACGAAAAGUUAGAAGGAAAGGGUAAAGGUCACAAGUGAAGAACCCGGAUUUAAGAUGUAAACUGUACUAGGAGAAUAUAACUGGCAACAUUCGUAUUGUAGAGUCGGCGCCUUCUGUAGUUAUGAGUUGAGAACUUCCAGGAUCUGACAAUAUGACUUCAGCAUUGAAUGGAAUUUCUCUUGAUGACAAGACGAUCCAGAAUAUCAUCACAAAAACAAAACACUAUGCCUUGUUACACGGUGUACUGAUACGGUCAACUGACUCUCCGGGCGAUUCCGAGAAAGUCCACUAUGCCCCGAUUACUCUGUUCCCGUCCCUAGUACCCCGGGAGGCUCUCAACAAGGUGGAGGCAAUUCAAAUACAUUUUAACAAGAUGAUGCAUAUGGUUGCGCAGGAUUUGGAUUUCCUUCAAAAGUGUCUGUGCAAUGUUAUACAAGUUGACGAUUUUAACAAGCGCCUGUGGGACAUUGUACAAAGAGUAAACGAGGAAGGAAUUACACAGCCCAUAAGUCUUGGAAUGUUUCGAAGUGAUUAUAUGAUGGAUGCAAAACAUUCGACCAAUGGUAAUCCUCUGAUUCCUACUGACCCUCCCACCAAUGGUGACCUUCCGACAUCUGCCUCGAUACCAGACAAUCUACAGAUGAAGCAGAUAGAAUUCAACAUGAUUGCCACCGGUUCUGCUGGUCUGAUAUCGAAUGUAGAUAAAGUGCACAGGUUUUCUCUGACACUUGCUGGGAAAAAGUUUGAUGAUUCACAAAUCCCCGCUAAUAACCCUGCUCAUGGAAUGGCCCGGGGAUUGGUAGAAGGAUGGAAAGCAUAUGGAAACAAAACGGCGUGUGUGCUGUUUUUGGUGUCGGUGCCAGAGUUGAACACUCUUGAUCAGAGACGACUAGAUUUGGAAAUGUUUAUAUGUGACACAAGCAUUCCUAUUAAAUACGUCACCAUUAAAGAUAUGACAGAUCGGGGUGUUCUGCGGAAAGACAAAGCUUUGAUCAUAGAUGAGUGUGAAGUGGCCGUUGUAUAUUUCCGUACAGGAUACUCUCCUACGCAUUACAGUUCCGAGAAGGACUGGGACACUCGUCUGAUGAUGGAGCGGUCAAAAGCUAUCAAGUGUCCAAGCGCCCAGUACCAGUUGGCGGGGACGAAGAAGGUUCAACAAGAGCUAUGUCGACCUGGAGCUGUUGAGAGGUUUAUAAAGGAUGCUAAAGUAGCCCACGACAUCAGGGAAACCUUUGUCAAUCAGUACAGUCUCGACGUGGGGGAAGAUGGAGAUAAAGCUCUGGAGAGUGCAUAUGCCAAUCCUCAGAACUAUGUCAUUAAAACCAACAGGGAAGGCGGAGGUAACAACACUUAUGAUGAAGAUAUUAAACCUUUACUGACGGAAAUUAAGAAUUCCAAGGAGGAACGUGCAAAAUAUAUCGCCAUGGAGCGGAUAUUCCCUUGGUCACAGACUUCCUAUCUCCUGAAAGCCGGAGCUGACGCCAUGUUUAGAAGUACUGUCACGGAAAUAGGAGUAUUUGGUGUUUAUAUCGGAACUGAUGACAAAGAUAUCUACAACAGUGUCCCUGGACACGUGUUAAGGACGAAGACUGCAGACUCGAACGAGGGUGGACUGAUGGUUGGAUUAUCAUAUUUAGACUCGCCACUCCUGGUAGAUUGAUCAAUGGUUAGGCACAACAAUUGACACGAUUUAUUUUCAUACAUAUUUCAAAUUGUUCAAAGUGUUCUUAUCAUUGAGAUUUAAACCAGAUACCUAGAACUUUGACUGGAUAAUAUGACAGUGGUUGAUUAGGCUGGACUUCAAGUUCGGUGAUAACCAUGGAAAAUACAAUGUGGUGUAGGUGAAGUAAUUCAUUUGAAUAUUACAUAUCUUAAGUUCUUAAGUAGGACAGCAGGCGAGGAUAUUAAUUUACAAAAUACAUGGUAUUUACUUAACAUUUACAUUCCUUCAUAUAGCUCAAUCAUAACAUUAGGUGCAAUGAACGAAGCAGGAUGUUUUGAAUUAAGACAGAUCCCGUGCAGACUUGAAAAGUAGACCUUCCAUAGACGUCAUGGGUUUAACUCUCUAGUUAUUUCCACGUUUAAUUCAAGGUCCCUUGCAACUUCAGGAGUUGAAUGCAAUUAUCAAUCAUUAAAUGAAGGUAAUUUGAUCUACUGCCUUAAUGCAAGAGUAAGGGCAUCUAUAUUUCUCCCUUAUCGUGAUUGUUAACUGGACGUCGGGAGAAGGUAUUUGGAUCAAAUAUUAUUCUAAUAAAGCAUGUUUUCUGGAUGUGUCCGCAAUGUACUUGUCUUAGUCGAAGGCUGACAUUCUGGCGAAGUCGAGAAUGAGAUGUUACAAAUUAUAAAAACAUCCGAAAAGCUAUAUGAUGUCAUUUUUGUAUUUUAAAUUAACACAGAUUGCACUGGGUAGCGUGUGAGGAUUCAUUGUUGUUGUGAGAGAAAAUUAUCCUGGACACUAAUAUGGCACCUAUGUCGAUAUUGUCAUUUUAUGACUAUCCCCGGUGUCGGACAAUGUAUCAUUGACGCAGCAUCUAUAUUAAGUUGUAUUGUGGUAUAUAUUGAUGAGUUUAAUGAGCACAACAUUAAACUAUAUCAACUAAUUCUAAUUAAAGUAAUAUUUGUUUCUUA